AUGGAUAAAACAGCAGUUGAUAAUAGUAACAUAAUUGAAACAAAUAAUGAUGCAUGUCAAUGUAAACUCUAUGCCAUAGAACGUGGUUAUUGGAAAGAUCCAUAUUUAAAAAUUCUUGCUGGUUCAUCUCAUCAUGAACGUCGUACACCUGAAAUAAGCCUUGGUUAUUAUGUACGUGUACAUGGACUUCGUUAUCUCAUUGAAAAAUUUAUAAAAUUAACAAAUAAUCAAUGUCAAAUAAUAAAUUUAGGUUGUGGUUUUGAUACAACAAUAUUUUAUUUAUUAGAUAAUGAUAAUCUUCAAUUUAAACAUUUUAUUGAUAUGGAUUUUGAUGAAAUAACAGAAUUAAAAUCAAAUAAAAUUCGUCGUUUAUCUACUCUUCAUAGUAAAUUACCAACAGAAAAUCAUUCGUUGAAAAUUCCAUGUGGUUUUCAUUCAUCUCAAUAUACAAUUUUACCAGUUGAUCUUCGUGAUUUAUCACAAUUAGAUAAUCAAUUUAAAUUUCUUUUUGAUAAUCAAAUACUUGAUGCAACUAAACCAACAUUAUUUUUAUGUGAAUGUGUAUUAAUUUAUAUGUCAAAUGAACAUUCAUUAAAUUUAUUAAAAUAUUUAACGAAAACAUUUUCUUCAUGUUGUUUAUUUUUAAAUUUUGAACAAAUUAAUAUGAAUGAUCGUUUUGGAGAAAUUAUGUUUGAAAAUUUAAAACAUCGUUCAUGUCAUUUAAUUGGUAUGGAAUCAUGUCAAUCAAAAGAAAGUCAAUGUCAAAGAUAUUUAAAUGCAAAUUUUACUUCAUCAUCUUGUUUAACAUUAAAUGAGUAUUACAAAAAAUAUUUAAAUAUUGAUGAAAAAACACGAAUUGAAAAAAUAGAUGGUGGUCUAGAUGAAAAAGAAUUAUUAGAACAAUUAUUUGAACAUUAUUGUUUUUCUUGGGCUUAUAGAGAUGAAAAUAAUAUUGGUUUAAAUACGAUAACUUUUAAAUAA